AUGCCUUCGAACCUCUCGCCGCCCGAUUCCAAGACCAAGGACGGCUAUUCCUUCUUCACGUACGCGUACAGCACGUGUCUGACCGCGGACGACAACGGCCGCCGCGUGAACAGCACGCGCCGCCGCUACGAGGACUCGGCGGGGCGGGUGAAGGCGCAGCACAGACGCCAGAUUGGCACCUGCGCGCUCGAGUCGACGUGGAAGCGCGCGUCGGAGCAGGACGAGGGCACCCACGCGCACAAGGUGACGUCGGGGUCGGUGGAGGACUUCGAGAAGGCCUGGAAGGGCACGCCCUUCGGCGUCGCCGAGGAGCACGCCAAGGCACACGGCGCCAAGCAGCAGAGCGAGCUGCCCGACCAGCCCCCGGCCCAGGAGCUGCCGUAA